CAAUAAGUGAGAAAAAUUCCAAUACAAUGUAGAUAAGACGGAAGAGACGGAAUAACUUUUGAUACAAAAUAUUCCAUUUAGUAUUAAUUCAUGCUGAAAAUGUUAAGGAAAGUGACAGCUAUUGGUGGUGGAGUUUUUGGUAUUAGUGCUCUGUACUUUACCCAUUCCGGCAAUGAGAAGUUCUACAAUAAAAUCCUCAUGCCCAUUGUACAUAACAUUCCGGCGGAGUUGUCUCACAAUAUUGCCUUACUUUCCUGCAAGUACGGAAUAAUGGGUCAAGCUAAGUAUGAGGAUUCUGAAAGACUUAAGACAACUAUCUUCGAUAUGAACUUGUCCAAUCCGGUGGGAAUUGCAGCCGGCUUCGAUAAGCAGGGUGAGGCUGUUAGAGGUCUCUACAAACUUGGAUUUGGUUUUGUGGAAAUUGGAUCUAUAACUCCAAAUCCUCAGCCAGGCAAUCCCAAGCCAAGGUGCUUUCGUCUGUUGGAAGAUAAGGCACUUAUCAAUCGCUUUGGCUUCAACAGUGAUGGUCAUCAAAUUGUAUAUGAAAGGAUUAGAGAUUUGCGAGAAAAUAAGUCAUUUAAGGGAAUCAUUGGGAUAAAUUUAGGCAAAAAUAAAACAUCAACUUCAGCAUCUGAAGACUAUAGUGCGGGGAUUGAGCUCUUUGGACCUGUAGCUGAUUAUCUGGUGGUUAAUAUUAGUAGUCCUAAUACUCCUGGCCUAAGGAGUUUCCAGAGUAAGGAAAAAUUGAAAGAAUUGCUUGCAGACUCAGUCGCUGCCAAAAGAAAGUUGUCCAGGAAUGUGCCAUUACUGCUGAAGAUAACUUCAGACUUAAUUCCUGAGGAACUAAAUGACAUCAGUGAGAUUAUUCAACUUGAGGAAUGCCGUGUGGAUGGUCUGAUCGUGAGCAAUACAACCAUUGCUCGUCCUUCCACACUUCAGAAUGAGAAUCGCGAGGAAACCGGUGGUUUGAGUGGAGCUCCCCUCAGUGACAUGGCUACCAAGGCUAUAUCUCACAUGUACAGAAAAACUGGUGGGAAGAUCCCAAUAAUUGGCGUGGGUGGUAUUUUCAGUGGGAAAGAUGCAUAUGAGAAAAUUUUAGCUGGAUCUUCUGCUGUUCAAAUUUAUACAUCUUUUGCUCUCCAUGGGCCACCCCUUGUGAAUAAGAUUAAGAGAGAGUUAGAUGAAAUAUUGCAGAAGAAUGGGUUCAAAAAUGUGGCUGAAGCCAAGGGUAUGGCCCACGCUGAUAUGUCUUCCAAGGUGUAAAUCUACAAUACAAGCAGGAGUGCUUUGGUGAUCCAUGACUAUUGAUUUACAAAAGUAUAAAAAAGGGUAUAGUCUUUCGCAAAAUUGUACAUAUUUUAAACAUUCCCAAUAUUAUACAAAUUUUGGAAAAUUAUUUUUAUAAUAUUUUUUAAAAUAAAAUAUACAAAUGAAACUCAAA